AACACUAGUAAGUACUAAGUACUGAGUGUUAACGUUCAACUCCCACCACUGCAGCUGUGCCAGCUCCAGCUCGCAUGCACGAACCCAAUGGAUCCGCAACCCCGUUGCUCAUGUAUUCGGCUUUGUACUCGGGAAUUAUUUUUUGCUCGAUACCUUUCUCACAUGCAUGGAACAUGUUGAAUCCAUGCGUCGUGAUCGAUCUUCAAAUCUGGCACCUGGAUGCACCGACGUUCUAACGAACUGGGAAAUACAUGAAGGCGAGACUUAAAAAAACCUAAUACGCAAGUCAAGGCGUGCCUCUCGCUGUCUCUUGUCUCGAGUUGAGUCAUUUUGCAAUGGUGUUAUCUGCUGAGAGACAGCAAGUUACUUUUCACACCCCAGAUCAGACUGUCCCUGGUUCCAACCAUAUUCGAUUCGACGAAACUUCACGUCGCACUGAAACAUGCAACGUCGUCAUUUUCGGAGAAGCAGGAGCUGGCAAAAGCUCCUUGGUCAAUUUAAUCUCUGGGACGCAAAAAGCGCAGACAUCCUCCGACGCCACGGGAUGUACAACUGAAACCAACGUGUACGAGCGUGACAUUGUGGUUCAGAACAAGAUAUUAAAGGUGAACCUUUUUGAUACGGCCGGUCUUGACGAGGGCCCUGAGGGAACAGUCCCCCACAAGGAAGCUCAAAGAGUUUUGAAGAAGCUCCUUCGAACUCUCAUGGAGCAAGGCGGCAUUCAUCUUCUCAUAUACUGCAUGCAAGGCACGAGAGAGAGCAGGGCACUCCGCCGCAACUACAGGACAGAGUUCCCUAUCGUCCUUGUCGUUACACGUUUGGAAAACCAAGAACCAGACAUGGAAGAAUGGUGGAGGAAUAACCAGCAAUCCAUAUCAAACCUCGGGAUGACCUUUGCUGGCCACGCAUGUGUCACCACGGUGACUAUCAACGAAGGUGACGGGGAUAGGCUGAAGCAGCGUCGCAAACAGUCAUAUCAUACCGUCUGCAACCUUAUUGAGCAGUGUCGUCUGCCCAAUGAGAAAGGUGUCCACGACGUCGAAUGGGCAUGCGAUGACCACGAAAGGGACCACCCACGAAACCGGGCGUUCAUGAGUGGCGCAUGGGUCAGAUCCACGGUAGUCAUUCGCGGGCAUUACUACAUGUUUCAGCGCGUAACUGCACCCUAUCCGCCCACGAAACGAUCCAAAGGGGGCGUUGGUUUCGAACCUUGCCUAUUGAUUUUUUACGCGGACAAGGAUGAGGCCGCCGAUAUACAGAGGAAGGAAGUGCAGAGGUUUCGGAAAGUCUACGCGAAAUCCAAGGUUGGCUUGGUUUUGGUGGUCUGUGGCUGUGACAGUGAUGAAGAUGCGAAGUCGUGGUGGGAGAGGUCGUAUGACACUGGCGCGGACCCAUUGGUACCGUCGUCCAUUACCUUCAGAUUGACAUACUUACCUCGAGAGACGUCGGAACAUUCUGAGAGUGCUCAAGAAGCACUCCAAAAGUUGAUUUGGGAGUUGUCUCUCCCCGGAGAACCUCGCGGGUCAGUGGUCCGAGACCUUCUCAAUCGUGUGUGGGGGAAUCUCGGAGGUGGAGGCAACUAGCACAGCUCUACCCAUGGUAGUCGAGGAUUAUGUUUGUCCAUAGCCAUGAAUAUAAUAUGCAUCGGUUGUCAUCAGCC